AUGACCAAUGAAACCAAUCCCAACAUGACCAACGAAUCAAACAACCAAAACAAUCAAACCACACCAAAUCCAAACCAACCUAUACCAAGAUCAUCAACAUCUUCUUUAAUCGAAUUAAUUUUAUCUAAAGAAAAUUCAAUAGAUAUAAAUUAUUUAGAAACACUUAAAAAAAUUAAACCAGAGGUUUUGAUUUGUUUAUCUGAAGAUAGUCCAGAAGGAGAAGUAGAUGUUUUAGAUGAGGUUUUGGACGCUGAGAUUCAUGGGUUUGGGUAUUUUGUAAUACUGUCUAUGAGACUUGUUUUUGGUAAAUUUAAAUCUUUAGAAAAACCGAUUUAUUGGUUAAUUAAAAAGAAUGAAGAUCAAGAGGUUUUGAGUGCUUUACAUUCUUUGUUUAUGAAGGUUUGUUUGUUUUGUGGUGAGUGGAGGAGAGCUAUUGAGGUUUCUGGUGUUGAUUUGGUUAAGGUUAAUCGUAAGAAUCAUCCAAUUGAUUAUCAAGAUCAUUUGAUUUAUCAUUAUUUUGCUGGGAUUAUUCAAGCUUUAAAUCGAAAUUAUAAACGUUCGAUUCAAUUACUUACAAUCACGGUUUCAGCACCAGGUUCAUUUAUUUCUCAAAUCCAAAUCGAAGCUUACAAAAAAUUAAUUUUAAUCAGUUUAUUAUCCGAAGCUAAAUCACCUGAAUUACCUAAAUAUUUGAAUUCUCAAUUUAAGUCUUAUUUUUCAAAAAUCGGAAAACUUUAUUUCGAAUUUGUUCAUCUUUUUUUACAGUCUAUUCAUUCUUCUAUUAACAAUAGUACAACUGGUGGUUUUGAAGAUGAGAAAUUGUUGGGGUUUGUGGAAAAGAAUCUUAAUGUUUUUUUACAGGAUCGGAAUUAUGGAUUGGUUAAACUUUGUAUUGAAGUUUUACCACGUAAGAAAAUCUUAAAUUUAAUUCCGAUUUAUAAAUCGAUUCCGAUCAAAACGAUCAGUAAGAUCUUAAACCAAACUUCUGAAGAAUUCAAAACGAUUGAAUUAAUUCAAUCUAUGAUUACGAAUCGAGAAAUUCAUGCUAGAAUCAUCCCAACUGAAACUGAAAAUCAAGAAGAAGGAAUCUUAGAAUUCAUAAAUGAUUCUGAAAAGAGUUUAAUGAAUUUGAAUUUAAUCAUUCAAAGGAUUAAAAGAUUUGAAAGUCAGAUGAAAGAAAUCGAAUUUAGUAUUGAAAGGAAUCCAGAUUAUUUAAAGAAAACUUUAAAAGAAUUAAAAGAGAUGGAAAAACCGAUUGGAUCUGGAGUAGGUGUAGGAGUAGGUGGGAAUUUAGAUACUCAUUCUGGAUCGGCUCAACAACAGUUUCUUCAUCAACAACAAAUUCAAUAUUCGAUGCAAAUGGUACCAGUUGGAGAAGAAGAUUUAGGUGUGAGUAUAGGUAUGGAAAAUGGAUGGGAUGAACAAGAUGAUUUUAAAUGA